AUGAGCGAAGAAGGAGAUCAAAGCCCAAAUGAGGCAGAGAGGCCUUUGCAAGGGGCCCGGCCGAAGAGAGAAGAAACGCUGCAAGCCAUAGCUUCCUCUACGGGGUACCCCAGGCCGAACGGCGUGACCCAGAGAAUUCCCAGGGGAGGAAGAGGCGUCUCUGCGGCUGCAGAAACCAGUUGGGGAUCUGGAGGAAGUAUGCCGGAGACCGUGGCCCUGCGGUUAUCCAUCCUGGAAACUAAUUUAUCCAGGCUGUCGGAAACCGUGGGGAGAUUGGUGCCAUUAUUGGAAGAGAAUCUCCAAAAGGAGCCCAGCCGAUAUGGCGCCGAGAGAGAACCAAGUAAAGGAGAUUGGAGCCAGAGGGGCCAGCGAGCGUCAACGCAGAGUCCCGUGGCGGCAAGGGACGAGGGAGAUGAGGAAUACUGGCAGGAGCUGCAGUUCCGGGACAGAAUGGCGCGAGAAGUGGAGCGUCAGCGAGCCCUGGGAACUCUGAGGCCGCCAUCUCCAACAGAGCUCCCAACCCCCCGAAUGGGCGUCGGGGUGGAAAGGCCACUGGGGCCAGGGAUCGGGUCCAGUGGAUUCGCAGACGAAGGCGGAGAGGAGCGGGGGAUCCAGGAAGAGGAGGAGGAUGUGCCGUACGACGAGGAAAGGCGAGAUGAGGGGGCUACAGCGAGGCCAGUAUGCGGAUGGGCGGAAGAGCCGACAGCGGCGGCAGACUUUCGGGAGCCGCGCAGAAUGACCACCGGAGUGGGGCGCGGCGUGUUCCAAGGAGCCGCCCGAGGAAACCUGAUGCAACCCUUCCCCAUGCCUCCCAGACAGCAGCAACGGGCUGCAGAAUGGAUGCCUAGAAGGGAAGAUCUCAAACUAGAAUACGGAGGGGAAUCAAAUGAACUGAACUUUUUUCUAAUUAGCAUCAGAGGAUACAUGGAAGACAAUGCACACACAUUCCCCUCCGAGGCAAGCAGGGUUCGAGCCAUCGGCAACACACUAAAGCGAGGAGCAGCCAGCUGGUAUGUGCAGCUUCAUGCCAGACGCGACCCAUGCCUGAGGUCAGUGCCCCGCUUCCUCGCCGCACUGGAAAACCGGUUCAGAGACCGGCUAGAGCAAUUGAGGGCUCGAGACCAGCUGAAAGGAAUAAAGCAGAGGGACAAAACAGUACCCGAGUACGCAGAAGAAUUCCUCCACCUCGCGGAAAGGGUACCAGAAUGGUCUGAAGUGACCAAAGUGGAAUUAUUUAAAGAGGGACUACGCCCCGAGAUUUUCAGCUGGGCAGCGCACAGAGACGACCCCGAAACGCUCCAGGGAUGGAUUCAACUAGCGGGGCGCGUCGAAUCCACCCUGGCCCAAGUAAAGCGCUUCAGGAGCGGCAGCGGCCAGCAAAGACCAGUGGCGAGAGGUCGAGGAGAAACGAGGAAGCAGGAAAGACCCGGAGGGAGGCCGGGGAUUCCCUCCAAAGGAGACGACAACAAACCUAAACCGGGAUGCUUUGUAUGUGGGAAGACGGGCCAUCGAGCAGCAGAAUGCUGGGCCCGGAAGGGGGAGCCGCCAAAAGCCCCAAAGCCCAAGCCAGCAACCGGGAGGCGCGCGGAAGAGGAGGUGCAGGCCCCAGAAUCUUCAAAAAAACUGAACUAUGAUGAAAGAAGAACCGAAGAGGAGGACGAAGAAAACGAGGGCGCCAUGUCAUGGAGCCAGAUCCCAGGGCUGAAUUUCCAAGACCUGAAUCUGACUUCAUAACAUAAACAAUCCUGCAAGCACCUGGCGGGAGAAGAUAAAAUGAGCCUGGGAACUCAGAGUUGAAAGUGUAAACAAUUAUAAUUGCUGUAGUGUGUGGGAAUAGAAAUCAUGGUGGUAAUGUGAUCCCGAAGGUGGGGUUUGAUGAUGAUAUUUGCGUGUGAUAUUACGUUGCAUCAGAAGUGAUAAAAUUAGAUGUAUGUAAACAUUAGGUCAUUCUCGACUUUUCCAAAGUCAUGUAUUCUUCAAUAAAGAUUGUGUUUGAGAGCAGC